CAGAAACACUUGAACAUGUCAGCAAAACAACACUGAGGGGGAGUGAACUUUUGGACAGCAGUCAUAUUUUGAAGAAACAUUACAAUUUUUCAAUCUAAUUGUGUGCUGUUACAGGUCAGCCGAAAGCUGUCUGGUAUGCUCCCAGGAAUUCAGUAGAUGUCCACCCCUUCCGACACAUCAGGUGGUAUGUCCCAUCCUGGCCCUUCUCCAGGGGCAGGUCUAUCCCCAGGGCCCAUCUUGGGCCCCAGCCCUGGACCGGACCCCUCCCCAGGCUCUGUUCACAGUAUGAUGGGACCCAGUCCUGGACCUGGAACACCCAACGCACCUCAUGGCAUGCAGGGUCAGGGACAAAGUGAAUACUCUCAGGACAGCAUGUAUCCCAUGCAGAAGACCAUGGAGGGUAUGAAUGAGAAGACCAUGGCAGAUGCGAUGCACUUUGGUCACAUGAAAGGUGUUGGGAUGAGAUCUCUGCAUAGUGGUAUGGGGCCUCCACAGAGUCCGAUGGACCAGCACAGCCAAGGAUACAUAUCCCCCCAUCCAUCCCCCAUGGGUGUCCAUGAGCAUGCCUCUAGUCCCAUGUCAGGAGGUGGAGGUGGUAGGGGACCCACACCGCCCCACAUGCCUUCCUCCCAGUCAGGCCCCAUGAUGCCCAUGGAUCCCCAGUCAGCUGUGCCCAACAUGUCCAACAUGAGCCAGCAGGGCCGUGGACCUUCUGCUUUCAGUCCGGUCCAGCUGCAGCAGCUCAGAGCUCAAAUCCUGGCCUACAAGAUCCUAGGCCGUGGGCAACCCCUGCCUGAAAACCUCCAACUGGCUGUUCAGGGCAAGAGGAGUCUACCCACAAUGCAACAGCAGCAACAACAGCAGCCGCAGCAGCAGGCACCAAUUGCUAGUCCUUACAACAGGCCUCCAGGUAUGCCAAUGGCACCUUUGGGUGGUCCCCAGUCAAGUCCCUGCCCUACCCCAACCAUGCAAGGACACAAUCAAAGCACAGGACCCAAGCCUUGGUCUGAUGGUCAGGGUGGUGAAAAUCAAGCCAAUGCUCAGAAGCACCUCACCCCUGUUCCCAGUGGACGCCCGUCCCCUGCACCACCUCAGGUCUCGGCUGUGCCAGCUGGGCCCAUGCCAGGCAGUUCGGUGACCCCUCAGCCUCCCGGGCAGCAGGUGUCCCCCAUGCUUCAGAUGCAGAAACAGAACCGCAUUACACCAAUCCAGAAGCCCCAGGGCCUGGACCCAGUGGGGAUCCUGCAAGAGCGAGAGUACAGGUUGCAGGCUCGGAUUGCACAUCGAAUCCAGGAACUGGAAAGUUUGCCAGGCUCUCUGCCCCCCGACCUGAGGACUAAAGCCACAGUUGAGCUCAAGGCACUGCGUCUACUUAACUUCCAGCGGCAGCUGAGACAGGACGUGGUGGCAUGUAUGAGGCGAGACACGACCCUGGAGACGGCCCUCAACUCCAAGGCUUACAGACGCAGCAAGCGGCAAACGCUGAGGGAGGCACGCAUGACUGAGAAGCUGGAGAAACAGCAGAAGCUCGAGCAGGAAAAGAAGCGCAGACAGAAACAUCAGGAAUAUCUCAACAGUAUUCUUCAGCAUGCAAAGGACUUUAAAGAGUAUCACCGCUCAAUGUCCGGUAAAAUGCAGAAACUCACCCGAGCUAUCGCCACCUGGCACACCAACACAGAGCGGGAACAGAAGAAGGAGACCGAGAGAAUCGAGAAGGAGAGGAUGAGGAGACUCAUGGCAGAAGAUGAAGAAGGCUACCGAAAACUAAUUGACCAAAAGAAGGACAAGCGUCUGGCCUACUUGCUGCAGCAGACGGAUGAAUACGUGGCCAACCUCACAACCCUUGUGUAUGAACACAAAGCUGCCCAAGCUGCCAAGGAGAAGAAGAAGAAGAAGAAGAAAAAGAAGAUGGCGGAUGGAGAUGGCGAAGGCCCCAGUGCCAUUGGACCUGAUGGAGAGCCCAUGGAUGAGAGCAGCCAAAUGAGUGAGCUGCCAGUCAAAGUGAUUCAGACGGAGACUGGGAAAGUUCUGCAGGGAACGGACGCUCCCAAAUCCAGCCAGCUGGAGGCCUGGCUCGAGAUGAACCCUGGAUAUGAAGUCGCUCCGCGGUCGGACAGUGAGGAGAGCGGCUCAGAGUUUGAGGAGGAGGAGGAAGAGGAGGGGACCAAGGCAGAGACGGAGGACAAGAAGAUCAUCGAUCCCAAUGGAGUUGAAAUGUUUGUGGUGGCUACCAAGCACAUUAUCGAAUCAGCCAAGCAGGAUGUGGAUGAUGAGUACAGUGUUCCUACUGGACAAACCAGCUCCCAGUCUUACUAUGGUGUGGCCCAUGCUGUGAUUGAGAGGGUGGAGAAGCAGUCGUCGCUGCUGAUCAACGGCUCACUCAAACAUUAUCAGGUCCAGGGGCUGGAAUGGAUGGUGUCCCUCUACAACAACAAUCUAAACGGCAUCCUGGCAGAUGAAAUGGGCCUCGGCAAAACCAUCCAAACCAUCGCUCUUAUCACCUACCUGAUGGAGCAUAAGAGGAUCAACGGUCCCUUUCUCAUUAUUGUUCCUCUCUCGACUUUGUCUAACUGGGUCUAUGAACUUGACAAGUGGGCACCCUCUGUGGUCAAAAUUGCUUACAAGGGCACCCCUGUGUUGCGCCGUGGGCUCGUUCCUCAACUCCGCAGUGGGAAGUUCAACGUCUUGCUGACCACCUAUGAAUACAUCAUUAAGGACAAGCACAUACUGGCCAAGAUUCGUUGGAAGUACAUGAUUGUGGACGAGGGUCACCGCAUGAAGAACCACCACUGUAAGCUGACCCAGGUGUUGAACACCCACUAUGUGGCCCCCCGCCGCCUCCUCCUCACCGGUACACCUCUGCAGAACAAGCUGCCCGAGCUGUGGGCCCUGCUCAACUUCCUCCUGCCCACCAUCUUUAAGAGCUGCAGCACCUUUGAGCAAUGGUUCAACGCUCCGUUCGCCAUGACAGGAGAGAGGGUCGACCUGAAUGAGGAGGAGACCAUCCUGAUAAUCCGGCGUUUGCAUAAAGUGCUCCGGCCCUUCCUGCUACGCAGACUGAAGAAGGAGGUGGAGUCUCAGCUGCCAGAGAAGGUGGAGUAUGUCGUAAAAUGUGACAUGUCUGCCAUACAGAAGGUUUUGUACCGCCACAUGCAGAGAGGCAUCCUUCUCACUGACGGCUCAGAGAAAGACAAAAAGGGCAAAGGAGGAGCAAAGACCCUGAUGAACACUAUCAUGCAGCUGAAGAAGAUCUGCAACCAUCCAUACAUGUUCCAGCACAUUGAGGAAUCUUUUGCUGAGCACUUGGGCUUUCAAAAUGGUGUCAUCAGUGGGCUUGAUCUGUAUCGAGCUUCUGGGAAGUUUGAGCUCCUAGAUCGCAUCCUGCCAAAGCUGCAGGCCACCAACCACAGAGUCCUGCUGUUCUGCCAAAUGACCACUCUCAUGACAAUCUUGGAGGACUACUUUGGCUACCGAAACUUUCAGUAUUUACGUCUUGACGGAACCACCAAGUCUGAGGACCGAGCCGCCCUGCUGAAGAAAUUCAAUGAGGAAGGGUCUCAGUACUUCAUCUUCCUGCUCAGCACCAGAGCCGGCGGCCUCGGCCUCAACCUGCAGGCGGCCGACACUGUCGUCAUCUUCGACAGUGACUGGAACCCACACCAGGACCUUCAGGCGCAGGACCGGGCUCACCGCAUCGGUCAGCAGAAUGAGGUGCGUGUACUUCGUCUCUGCACCGUCAACAGCGUGGAGGAGAAAAUCUUGGCAGCUGCCAAAUACAAACUCAACGUGGAUCAGAAGGUCAUCCAGGCGGGCAUGUUUGACCAGAAGUCGUCGAGCCAUGAGCGCCGUGCAUUCCUCCAGGCCAUUUUAGAGACCGAGGAGCAGAAUGAGGAAGAAGAUGAGAUACCCGAUGAUGAAACCCUCAACCAGAUGAUAGCCCGCAAUGAAGAUGAAUUUGAGCUUUUCAUGCGCAUGGACAUGGACCGACGCCGGGAGGAAGCCAGGAACCCAAAGCGCAAGCCUCGUCUCAUGGAGGAGGACGAGUUGCCUUCUUGGAUCAUCCGAGACGAGGCUGAGAUCGAACGGCUCACGUAUGAAGAGGAGGAGGAGAAGAUGUUCGGCCGAGGGUCACGCUGUCGUCGGGAUGUGGACUACAGCGACACGCUGACUGAAAAACAGUGGCUACGGGCCAUUGAGGAUGGAAACCUGGAAGAGAUGGAGGAGGAGAUCCGGCUGAAAAAGCGCAAACGCAAAAGACGCCAAGACAAAGACUCGUCAAGCAGAGACGACGGGGGCUCUAAGGCCAAGAAGAAACGUGGGCGUCCACCAGCUGAGAAACACUCCCCCAACCCCCCGAAACUCACCAAGCAAAUGAACACCAUCAUCGACACGGUCAUCAACUACAGAGAUGGGUCAGGAAGACAACUAAGUGAGGUCUUCGUCCAGUUACCAUCUAGGAAGGAGCUCCCAGAAUAUUACGAGCUGAUCAGAAAACCUGUGGACUUCAAAAAGAUCAAAGAUCGCGUGAGAAACCAUAAAUACAGGAGUGUGGUAGACCUGGAGAGGGACGUGAUGCUGCUUUGUCACAACGCCCAGACCUUCAACCUGGAGGGAUCCCAGAUAUACGAGGACUCCAUUGUCCUUCAGUCUGUGUUUAAGAGUGCCAGGCAGAAGAUUGCCAAGGAUGACGAGAGUGAAGAUGACAGCGAUGAGGAUGAUGAUGACGAGGAUGAGUCAGAGGCUGAGGCCAAGUCUGUGCGGGUUAAGAUCAAGCUGAGUAAGGAGCCGCGCAGCACCGACAAAGGCAAAAAGAGGCAAAGCCGAGGGAAGGCCAAGCCGGUCGUCAGCGACGACGACAGCGACGAAGACCUGGAUGACAAUGAUCAGUCGGACAAGAGCGACGACGACUGACCAAAGGAGGAUAUUGUUUAAAGCACUUAUAAACAAAAAGGACAAUAUCUUCCAUCACCGUUGUUUAGGUUCAUAUUCUGUAUUUUUUUAUUUUGACUCCAUUUGUCCUCUGCCGGUUUGUAGUCUGUUUUGUCGUAACUUUCUCCUACCAGCUUGAAAAUGUAUUACUAGUAAUCAAUAAGCUGCAGCAAUACCAAUCUGCUUAUAUUCCUGUUUUUAAGACAAUUUUUAGUAUAUUUUUUAACUCUGUGCUUUAAAAAAAACAAAAAAAACAAUUUAAAUUCUGUAUGAAAAAGGAAGAAAAAAAAGAUUUGGUCAUGCUGUACUCGCUUUUGCUUGAUUUGUACUUGCUUGCACUUUUAGAAAAAGAAAUAUAGAUAUUCAAAUUUUAAAUGUGUAAUAAACACACACGGACACACACACACAUACAGUAUAUAUAAGCCAAGGACAUCCAAGUUAAUUUGGAUCACCACUGGUGAUAAAGAAAAGGCAAUCAAUCAAGUUUUAAUUUUUAGAUUCAUCACCUUGUGCAGUGCCAAAUGUUAGAGAAAUUGAUUGUUGGCUAAACCCCUCCCCCCCAACCAGCGAUUGUCCAAUCAUAGCCUAGCAACCAUAACUAGUCAAUAUAUCAAACAGCGUGUUUAUCUGCUUUAACGUAAGCAAGAAAUGUUUGAUUGUCCUGCUUAAACAAUGCUACACAAAUACAAUGUUAUUCAUCAUCAUUAUUAUUAACACAUACUGUAGUAAGCUAAAGUUCCUUCCAACUAAUGGAGCUAACUAGCAUAAUUAGCUAGCUAGCUACAGCUGAUUGAAUCUGCCAGCGUCAGAUGCCAUUUCAGCUAAAUCGACAGUCGCCAGCAAGAAAUGAGAAGCCUGCUUUUAUCUGAAAUAUAGGACUCCAUUAUUUAAAAAUGUGCUUAGAAUUUCAAUAUUAAAUCUGCCACCGUUUUUAUUGAAGACUGCAAGAAUGGAAAGCUUGACAGACAUAGCAACAGUAACCACAAGGGGCGGGGCUUAGCAAACAAUGACAUUUUAAGAAUAUCUUACAGCCCGAUGACUUACACUUACUGUCGAGUGGCCAUAAAUGCUGAAUGCUUUUUUUUUUUUUGUAUUAACAGAAAUGUAACCUUACAUUAUGUAGGCGGCACAUUAUUUACGUAAAGUCCACGUGUUUCAUGUAUCCUUUCCUGUAAUGCUUUCAGGUUGUCGUGUAUCAGAGCAGAAUCUUUAAACUUUGUUAAUUUUCUCUCCCAGAAAGGAGCAUUUGGGUUAUUUGGAUUUUGGAAAUUGGAUGCUUUAGGCUGCAGAUUCAUGGGGAAACACCUUGUCCUGUUGAACAAAAAGCGUCUAUCGUGGCUAAAAGGAGCUUUUUAAAGCGUCUGAAAACAUGUUGCUCCUGUUGCACACAGACAAGUUUUAGCUGGAUUAUUAAAGGCGGUAAACAACAGAAACUAUUACAAAGAAAAAAGUAUUCUGGGAUUAAACAUUUUGCUUUGAAUGACACAUUGAAUAUAACAGUAUAUUUUGAUUUAUUUGGAUUGAGGUGUUUGUGUUCCUGUAUUAGUUUUGAGCCCUCAUUUUGUUGGUUUAUAUGUCAUUUGUAGCAUGAACUCUUUUGGCAAUAUACUGUGUACAUGCAGAUAUAUAUCAUUUUUUGUUUGUGUAACGUGCUCGCCGACUCUCCAUAAGUGUAACUUAAUCUUUGCUUUCUUUGCACAGUGUCUUUGUGGUUGUAUUUCAUAGCCCAGGGCAAAUAAAAUCUCACUGAUUUUCAGCACAAAAUA